AUGCCAUCCACAGUAACAAUAAAGCAAGGUCACCGCAUUGAAUGUUCUUUGGUGGGUUUUUACUCGCAGGACAUGACCCAGGAUUUGGCUUUGGCUCCUUUUUCAACAGACGACGUACUCUUAGUAACUGGUAAAUUUCAGAUUGUUGAAGACGUUCUUGUGUCCAAAAUCGUCCAUCUUCCUAUCGACCCGAGUGAAUUACCAGUGUUCUCUAUUCUAUUAAACACAACUGCCGUCACUAUUGAAUCUCCUCAAAUAGAAACUAAUGAUAUCACUUUGACUGUAGAAGCUAAAGAUUAUAUGGACCAGGAUAACAUCACUAUUAGAUUGGAAUGUUACCACCUGAAAUCUGCUCAACAUCUCAUCCCAACUUCCUCCGCAGUUAAAAUAGGAUCCGUUCUUUUCAUAAGUGGUAAAUUCAUGAUCGUCGACGAUACUUAUAUGGUUCAUCUUCGUAGUGUAAACUUCGUUGAAUAUCAAAAGUCAAGUGUAAAUAGCAUCAACUUAAAAACCUCUGCCAACCUUCCGUGGUUAAAUGAAGCACCGGUAAAUGAAUCGACCACAGAAUCAGUAGCUAGAACAAUUGCCUCAAGAGUCAAAACCGGAAGAUGA